AUGGGACCAGCCACGACUUCGUCAUCACCCGCUGGCGAGCCGGGGUUGCUCAGCCGCCUCAUUCGUCGCGCUUCGAUGCGGCGGAGCAACGGUAGCAUGGCUGCCAUUAAUAACUUCGAGGAUGCUUCUGCAGCUGCAGCAGGAAGAGGUACUCCGCCUUCGAACACAGGUCCGACGCCUGGCGGCGCCAGCGAGGUCCAGGGCGCUGCACCUAGCAGACGAGCGGAUGAUGUCUAUGCACUGCGGCCCGUUAACAUAGGGAGAAGCAAGCUUCAUAAGAUUAACGAGGGCCCGGCUGCGUCGCCCUUGUCCGCCCCAAAAGACGCUCCUCUUCCCGCUCCCGUCGUUGUAGGCGACGGCCUUCCCCCACGAAAGAAGUCCAUGUUUCGCCCUCAGUCCCUGCUGCUGACAAAACCGACUGCUACUCCUGCGGCCACCAACAUGGCACUGCCCUCAACCAUGCAAUCGACGAAGCUGCGAUCCAAACCCAGCUUUCGAAAUCGCUUCUGGGCCGCCUCAUCAUCCAAUGACUUUGGCAACGACAAUGACAACAAGGAAAAUUUCGCCGUCGCAAAGUCAACGACGCCACGCACGGCCUACGUGCCCCGCCACGCGGCCUCUGACUUCUCCGAAACGACGGCAGCUAACCGUCGUCACCGCCGAGCCGUGUCGCACGACAGUGCCGUGGGGUCAACAGCACAGGCGUCGAUGCCCGUUCUAGUUGAACAUACGCCGAUGCCGGCCCUCACCGAGAGAACAGACGACGAGAGGAAUCGACAGCAACAGGAUGUAAAGUGUAUCGAUGCGCGGAGGCGCAGUCACGGCUCGCAAUGCGAAGCAAUGGCGCACCGCGGUGCGAAUUUCCAUGCGAGGGCCGCGGCGGACACGUUCGUUUAUGCAAGCCACCAAAACCAACCCGACAAGCAACAUCACCAACAUCAACAUUCCUUCGAGAAGCGCGAGAAUGAAAAUCCGUUCCUCGAUGCGUCGGAAAAGGCGUGGGCCGGGCCAGCCUUACAGCAUUUUAAUGUAAUCAAGGAGGGGGAAGACACUUUCACUGACUACGACCGCUUUGUGGCGAGGGCGCACGCCGAGGAGAUGGCCAUGCGCGUCAAUGCCGUGCGGCGCAAUUGGCGUGAGAGCAAGCGGGACAGCGCUUGCUACUCUGGCAAGAGGGAUAGCGCGCGCACGAGCGACGAGGAAAGUAGCAGCAGCUUGACUGACGAUGCCGCCGUCGUCAAGAGUCCCGAGAUCGUACAUCCGGUUGCUGGGCCGGGCUUGAGGCGGCAGAGCAGCACCGUUGCACAGAGGAUUUCUCAGUACAUCAGGCCACCGAGAGAAGAGGCUGUGGUGAGGGUAGAGAGACCUGCGGGCCGAAUGGGAACUGUGCGGGAAGAUUGA